AUCCUCUCACCUCAACCACCUCAACCACCACAUCCACACCACAACACACCACACCGCACACCAUGGCCCUCCUCGUCGACAAACACCGCCCACGCUCCCUCGACACCCUCAGCUACCAUCCCGCCCUCUCCGCACGCCUCCGCGCCCUCGCCCAAAGCAGCGACUUCCCCCACCUCCUCAUCUACGGCCCCUCCGGCGCCGGCAAAAAAACCCGCACAACCGCCCUCCUCAAAGAACUCUACGGGCCCGGCGUCGAAAAGAUCAAAAUCGACGCCCGCACCUUCCAAACAACCUCGAACCGCAAACUCGACUUCACAAUCGUCGCCUCAGUCUACCACCUCGAAAUCACCCCGUCCGACGUCGGCCACACCCACGACCGCGUCGUCAUCCAGCACCUCCUCAAGGAAAUCGCCCAGACGCAACAGCUCGACGCCCUCGCGCGCCACCGCUUCAAGGUCGUGGUAGUCAACGAAGCAGACCAUCUCUCGCGCGACGCCCAGGCUGCCCUGCGCCGCACAAUGGAGAAAUACAGUCCUAACCUCCGCUUGAUCCUCCUUGCCAACACAACAAGCAACAUCAUCGCCCCCAUCCGCUCGCGCACCCUCCUCAUCCGCGUGCCCGCCCCCUCCGUCGAAGAAAUAGCACAAGUCCUAACAUCCAUCUGCGCCCGCGAGUCCUGGACUCCGAUUCCAGCCCUGCAUGCCCGCAUCGCCGUCGACAGCGGGCGCAACCUGCGGCGUGCACUGCUCAUGUACGAGGCUGUGCGCGCGCAGCACGAGGUUGUGACUGCGGACACGCCUAUCGCGCCGCCGGACUGGGAGGCGCUGGUCGGGGUUGUGGCGAGGGAGAUUGUGGCGGAGCGGAGCGCGGCGUGUAUUCUGAGGGUGCGCGCGAAGUUGUAUGAUUUGCUCGUGCAUUGUAUUCCGCCGACGGUCGUGCUGAAGACGCUUACUUGGGCGCUUGUGGGGCUUUUGGAGGAGGGGGGCGAUGAUGGGGUCAAGGGCGAGGUGGUGCGGUGGAGUGCGUUUUAUGAGCAUCGGAUUCGGUUGGGGAGUAAACACAUCUUCCACCUCGAAGCCUUUGUCGCCAAGUUUAUGCGUAUUCAGGAGAGCUAUCUCAUGGGCAUGGACUUGGACUUUUAGCCAUGACUUGCACACACGUGUGCUUUUUGCCAGAGGGGGGUUUAGGGGUUGGGGUUGAUGGAUGGGUGGAUGGAAUGGACGAAUUGUAUGGAGUUUAAACCUAGGAUAUUGUGCAUUGUGCAUUUGGCAAGGCGUUACGGGGCUCUACGUAUGUAUAUACAGGCAGGCAGGCAGGCAGGCAGGCAGGCAGGCAAACAGAAAGACACAGGCAGAAAGCGAGUUGAAUAGCAAUCGCAGCAUAUAUACACAUCAUAUCAUAUAUCCCCC